AAAUCUAUCAUGCCAAGUCCAGGACUGCUGUGCAUAUCCAAAAUAAAGGAUCUACCACUGGAACAGCUGCAUGAGAAAAAAUGCAUUGGCCCCAAAAGAGCAGAUUCCUGUCUGAUCAGCCCUUGGUCUUUCCUCUGGUUAGGCCUAGUGAAUUAUAUCUUGCUGGGAUGCUGUCCGGGCGUGUUUGCUGGAGAGACUUGGGGCAUGGUCUCCAUCUGCCCCUUCCACUGUGUGUGUCGGAACCUAUCAGAGUCUCUGAGCACGCUCUGUGUUAAUAAAGGCCUGCUCUUUGUUCCACCUAAUAUCGACCGCCGCACUGUGGAGCUCCGUCUUGCAGACAACUACAUCCUGGAGGUCGGCGGGCCGGACUUUGCCAACAUGACAGGAUUAGUGGAUCUGACCCUGUCUCGUAACACUAUCCAUGCCCUGCGCCCUCUGGCUUUUGGAGAUUUGGAAAGCCUGCGGUCACUACACCUGGAUACUAACCGGUUGACUAUGGUGGGACCUCAGGAUCUAACAGGCCUUCUCAAUCUUCAGCAUCUCUUCAUAAACAACAACCAGCUUAUAGAUAUUUCAGCUGAUGCCUUUGACGACUUCCUGCUCACCCUGGAAGACCUGGACCUGUCCUACAACAACCUUCGCAGGGUUCCUUGGGAAGCCAUCCAGAAUAUGGCCAGCCUCAGCACCCUCAAUUUGGACCACAACCUCAUAGACCAGAUUGCUGAGGGCUCUUUUAGUGAGCUCUAUAAGCUCUCUCGACUCGAUAUGACCUCAAAUAGGCUCCAGACGCUUCCCCCUGAUCCCUUGUUCUCUCGCUCACAAAUCGGUGUAGUCAGUCCAACACCCUACAACGCCAUCAUCAGUCUGAAUUUUGGUGGAAACCCUCUGCAUUGUAACUGCGAGCUGUUGUGGCUGCGGAGGUUGAUUCGCGAGGACGAUAUGGAGACCUGUGCCACACCUACACACCUUGCUGGACGUUACUUCUGGUCCAUCCCAGAGGAAGAAUUCAUAUGUGAGCCUCCACUAAUCACCCGCAACACCAACAAACUGUGGGUCCUAGAGGGGCAGAGGGCCAUGCUUAAGUGCCGGGCUAUCGGUGACCCUGAGCCAGUCAUCCACUGGGUAUCCCCAGAUGACCGAAUUGUGGCCAACUCCAGCCGCAUACACUCGUAUUACAACGGAACCUUGGAUUUUCUAGUAACCCGUGCCCGAGAUGAUGGGGCUUAUACCUGCAUCGCUAUCAAUGCAGCUGGGGAGUCCACUGCCCAGGUGGAGUUGAAAAUUAUCCCACUGCCCCACCGAGGAAAUGGAACAAUCCCACUAAUUAACCCCCGAGACCCUGGUGCCUCUGAUAUGAGUCAUGGUAGAGGAGGGGCUGUGGGAGGGAUGGUAACAGUGAGGAACGUGACUGGAGGUGAAGGGGAGGAUGGAACAAGCAGUAGUAGCACUGGAACUGAGCGAUUGGUGGGAGUUCGGGAAGUGACAUCUAACUCCGCUCAAGUGCACUGGUUUAUGGGCAGAACCUCAACACCUUACAUGGUGUGGAUGUACCAGAUUCAGUACAACAGCACAGCUGAUGAUGCCCUUGUGUACAGAAUUCUGCCACCUUCGAGUAAAAGCUUCAUGCUGAAAAAUCUCGUCUCUGGUGCAGACUACAGCCUGUGUGUUUUGGCCAUCUUUGAUGACGGCAUCUCCACGCUGGCCACCACAAAAGUGUUAGGUUGCACCCAGUUCAGCACUAAAGAGGAUUAUCCGGAAUGCCGCUCUCUGCACGCUCACUUCCUCGGUGGCACGCUGACAGUGAUGGUAGGUGGGGUGGUGGUGGUAACGCUGCUGGUCUUCACUGUAGCUAUGAUGAUGCGACAUCGAGUGUGUGGAGGAUGUCAAGACCAUGUCGGGCAGUCAGGCGAGUUCCUGCCAGCCAAAGGGGUGGAUGUUUAUGCCCAGACUAACGGAAAUAACAGCAUGAUGAUGGUGGCCUUGCCAAACCGGUUGCUGGCCCAGCAAACAAGAGCAGUCCAGGCCAAAGCCAAGCAUAAGGGGGACAUGCUGGUCAAACUGAGCAACGAGCCUCACUGCAGUCAGGGCUCAGCCAUGGACCUGGUGAGGCAGAAACCUGGUGCCUCUUUCACACCAGAAAGUGAUAAAGUAUCAUUCUACUACUCUCCCGCCAAAUGCGCACACACCCUGCCGCACCCGACACACAAAGCUAUGACACGUGACUGCAAGCUGAAGCUACGGAGUUCUCUCUCGAGAGAAAAAGACACGGUGCAAGGUGUAAAGCAAUCUUUAGCCUCACUGGCCCUCGCUCAGACCGCACAGGUCGGAGAAGAAAUAAGUUCAAAUUGGCCUGGAGAGAGGUGCGUUCUAGGGGCCAAGCGCAGCUGCUCUUUUGAUGCAGGGGACAUCACCGCCACCACAUGUUACAGCUACGCCAAGCAGCUGAGUGUCAUCUGGACACGCCGCAGUCAGUCGCUGCACAGCAUGCUGGUCCAUUGCGCGUCCACAACCAGCACGUCCAGCACAGCGAGCGAGCAGUAUAACCACGUACUGGUGCACGGAUAUCUGCACGCCUAUGCCUCCAACAACUCAAACUCCAACUCAAAUUCAAACUGUAGCAUGGAUGCCAAUCCUGGAGAUCUGGAAGAAAGCGUUGUGUAG